AUGCUUUGGACACUGACAACGAUAGUGGCGACAGACGGCGCAACACGUCUUUCUAAUCUCUGUGGUGUGCUUCUGUCAAAGCCCACCAUCGUCGUCUAUGCCUUCAGCCACUCCUUCUCACUCCAAGAUCACAACCUGGACAAGGUCUCCGAAGACUCGAUCAGCCACUUUGGAACAGCCGACGGCGUUGAAGUCGAUGGCGCUUCCAUUGCGUUCAUGAGGCCCUACACGGAGCCCCCCUCGCUUUUCUGGGGAGCUGGACCAUGCGAGACCGAUCUACGAGCCUCCAGCGAUCCCCGUUUGGAGCGGCGAUGCAUGUACCACGGUCUAGAACUUACGGCUGGAGGGGUUUUGGCGGACGCAGUCAUGGUCUGGGAAGCGGAGAUCGUUCUGCAGAGCCGCGUCGAAGCUGGCCUAUGCCUGGAUCCCAAGAAGUGGAGCGCUGAAGACUUUGUCGAGUACUAUGUGGGCUAUACCGAGGCCGUCCAGGCGUUGGGCCUGGUGGUGCGACCGCUGCCAUGA